AAUCGCAUCCGCUGUACUACAGAUGAACUGAACUGACCAUCUCAAGGAUCAUUUGAGCUAGAUAUUUCAAAAUGGCCAAGGUUGACCAGAAAGUUGUUCUGAUUGUCAUCGACGGUUGGGGUGUCGCCGGCCCAAACUCCCCCAAGGAGGGUGAUGCCAUUGCAGCCGCUGAGACCCCGUUCAUGUCGGGUUUCGCCGAAGAGAACUCGAAGACAGCCCAAGGUUACACGGAGCUUGAUGCUUCUUCGCUCGCCGUUGGUUUGCCCGAAGGUUUGAUGGGUAACAGUGAGGUGGGCCACUUGAACAUUGGUGCCGGCCGUGUUGUCUGGCAGGACAGUGUGCGCAUCGACCAGACACUUAAGAAGGGGGAGCUGAACAAGGUGGAGAAUAUCGCUGCGUCGUUCAAGCGUGCUAAGGAUGGCAACGGCCGUCUUCACCUUUUGGGUCUCGUGUCUGAUGGCGGUGUCCACUCCAACAUUACACACCUUAUCGGCCUCUUGAAGGUUGCCAAGGAGAUGGAGAUUCCUCAGGUCUUCAUCCACUUCUUCGGUGAUGGACGUGAUACCGACCCAAAGAGCGCUGCCAAGUAUAUGCAGCAACUUCUCGACGCCACCAAGGAGAUUGGCGUCGGUGAGAUUGCAACUGUUGUCGGCCGCUACUACGCUAUGGACCGUGACAAGCGCUGGGAUCGCGUUGAGAUUGCCAUCAAGGGCAUUCUUUCCGGAGAAGGCGAGGAGAGUUCCGACCCCGUUAAGGCUAUUGAGAAGCGCUACACCGAGGACGAGACCGACGAGUUCCUUAAGCCCAUCAUCUUUGGUGGCAAGGACCGCCGCGUGCAGGAUGACGACACCCUCUUUUUCUUCAACUACCGCUCUGACCGUGUUCGCGAAAUCACCCAGCUCCUUGGCGACUACGACCGCUCCCCCAAGCCCGACCUUCCCUACCCCAAGAAUAUCCACAUUACUACUAUGACCCAGUACAAGACCGAUUACACCUUCCCUGUCGCCUUCCCCCCACAACAUAUGGGCAACGUCUUGGCUGAAUGGCUCGGCAAGAAGGACGUCCAGCAGUGUCACGUUGCCGAAACCGAGAAGUACGCCCACGUCACUUUCUUCUUCAACGGCGGUAUUGAAAAGCAGUUCCCUGGUGAGGUCCGCGACAUGAUUCCCUCACCAAAGGUUGCUACCUACGACCUUGAGCCCGAGAUGAGCGCAGAGGGCGUAGGCAAGAAGGUGGAGGAGCGCAUUGCCGAGGGCAAGUUCGAGUUCGUCAUGAACAACUUUGCUCCCCCUGACAUGGUUGGCCACACUGGUGUCUACGAGGCUGCUAUCAAGGGUGUUGCUGCUACCGACAAGGCCAUUGGUAUCAUUUACGAGGCCUGCAAGAAGCACGGUUACACCCUUUUCAUUACUGCUGAUCACGGAAACGCUGAGGAGAUGCUUAACGAGAAGGGUACUCCUAAGACAUCGCACACCACCAACAGAGUUCCCUUCAUCAUGGCCAACGCCCCCGAGGGCUGGAGCCUCAGGAAGCAGCCUGGUGUCCUUGGAGACGUUGCGCCGACCGUCCUCGCUGCCAUGGGUAUCGAGCAGCCCAAGGAGAUGUCCGGAGAGAGCCUGUUGGUCAAGGCAUAGAUAUAAUAAAAUAUAGAUUCUUUGCGCACGCUAACUAGAAAA